UCAAAUAUGUAACAACGUCCAAUUAGGCUUUUGGGGUUUAGCCCACCAUUAAGGUUUCAGCGGUUGGGACCCUGCGGUCCGAGCUGUCUUGACGUCACUUCGACUUACAAAAGCCAGCAGGCUUCUAGACUAACUUCGCAAACAAUAGUUAGUAGCUUCUGGCCUUAAGAUGGCAGCAGCAGCGGGCGGCGGCGUUGGAUCGGCGGCAGCACGGGCUGCCGGGCUUGGUCUUGCAUCGCUGCUGAAGUCUGGAGCCCCAGGAGCAGCUCGACAGGUUCUUGACGGCGUCUACGCUCACAGCCCUCCCGGCGUCGCGAAGUUCAAUGAUGUGGUGGUUGCCUCGGGUCAGGGCUGUUGGGUGAACACUACGGACGGCCGACGGUUCUUAGAUUUCAGCAGCGGCAUCGGGGUGGUGAGCACCGGCCAUUGCCACCCCGCGGUGGUGGAGGCGGUACGGCAGCAGGCGGGGAAGAUCGUACACGCGCAACAGAAUGUGUUUGGCGCACAUGAGCCCCUGAUCGACUUGUACGACAAGCUAUCAGCCGUACUGCCCCCCUCCCUGGAUUCGUACUUCCUGGCAAACAGCGGCUCGGAGGCGGUUGACAACGCGCUCAAGAUCGCUAGGGCAGCAACGGGGCGCCAGAACGUGAUUGCAUUCGAGGGCAGCUUCCACGGCCGCACGCUGGGCGCCCUCUCCGUCACCAACUCCAAGUACAUCUACCGCCGAGGAUUCGGACCACUGCCAUCCGGCGUGGUGGUGGCGCCUUACCCCUACUGCCUGCACUGCAAGGCCCAGUGCGCCACCUGCCACUCCGGCUACCCCUCCGUGGCCCGACAGGGGCAGCAGCAGCCGCCCGAAGCAGACUGCUGCGGGGGACCGCUGGAGUCCCUGGAAUUGCUGCUGGCCACGCAGUCCUCCCCCUCCGACACCGCCGCGGUCAUCAUCGAACCCAUUCUGGGGGAGGGCGGAUUCCUGACGCCCCCGCCCGGGUUCUUAGCGAGCGUGCGGCGGCUGUGCAGCAAGCAUGGCAUCAUGAUGAUUGUGGAUGAGGUCCAAGCGGGUGCCGGCCGCACGGGCCGCUGGUGGGGGCACCAGCACUGGCUGCCGGAGGGGGGGGAGCAGCAGUACGGCAGCAGCAACAGCAGCAACACGAACAGCAUCAUUGGCGCCGACGGCGGGCCCGACAUGUUGAUUUUCGCAAAGGGCAUUGCGAGCGGUUAUCCGUUGGCGGGUCUUGCCGUACGGAGAGGGCUGGUGGGGGCCGACCGCAUGCCGCCGGGGACACUGGGCGGCACCUACGGCGGCAAUGCGGUUGCCUGCGCUGCCGCCGCCGCCACCAUCGACGUCAUCCAGCGGGAGGGGCUGCUGGCGAAUGCGGAGGCGCGGGGGGCGCAGCUGAGGGCAGGUCUGGCUGCAAUCGCGGCUGAGCUGCCCGCGGGCCUGAUCGCGGACAUCCGCGGCCGGGGCCUGAUGGUGGGUCUGGAGUUCGGGGGCAGGAGCGAGGGCGGCAGCAGCAGCGGGGCAGGUUGUGACGGCAAGGGCGGAUGUGGAAGCGGCGAAGGCGGAUGCGGAAGCGGAAGCAGCAAGCCGUCGCGCUUCACCCCGGCGAGCAAGGGUGUUGCGGCGGCCAUCACCCAGGCUUGCGGUGCUCGCGGCAUGCUGCUGCUGAGUGCGGGUGUGCGGGAGUGCGUUCGGUUCCUGCCGCCGCUGACUGUGUCGGCGGAGGAGAUGGACACUGCGCUAGGCAUCUUCCGUGAGGCGUGCAGGGAGGUGCUGGUGAGGAAGUAGUGGGGAGGCGGGGGGGGGAGCGGUGGCAGGGGGGAGGCAGCAGGAAGGACACGCAUUGGGAUCGGCUAAGGGAACUGGAGCGAAGCUGCAAAGCUCGACUGACAGGAAUGGCAGCAGGAACAAGGGCAGCAUUUGCAUGGACGACUAAGCAGGGCAUGCAUGCACGCAUUGGGCGCUGGGUAGUACGCUGCAGACAGUACAGUUGAGGAAGACUUGAGAGCUGUGCUGCUGCUUGUGCUGAGGAAGACCCAUGGGUCUGUCCUUGCGGCGCUUUCAUCAUGCAUAUCGGACUCCUGAAGGACGAAGAAGUUUGGGCCACGAAGUCUUUAUGGCGUGAUGGCUGUGAGGGAGUUGUGGCCAAGAUAUGACCUGGCGCUGCCAUUGGUUUCGAACAACAACAACAAGCUGUUUUGUGAAAUUGCGUGUCACUGCAACGGAGCAUUAGCAAGGAAGCAAGCGGAGGAAGAAUGCGGGUGUAUGACUGGGUGGAAGUCAGCUGAGCCACGUUUGACCUGUGCUCGUGCACGUGUGUGGUGUGCUUGCCCUGGGGAGGCAGCUUGGCGGCCCGAUCUCGUGUUAAUAAUGCCCCGACAAUCUUCUGCAUACAGCAACAAUACUAAUGGGGCAAUUGUAUAGUCUGAUGUUACAGUUCUGCUGGCGCCCGAACCAAACUAAGUCUAGCAAUCUGCCGAACAUUUUUCCCGCUGCCGUACCGGUAUCUUAGACCAUGUACAUACGGCUUUUCAAUGCCCCCACACUUGAAGCCUUCCCUCCAUACUGCUCAACACAUUUCGUUUUCUUCAAUGUCAAUGUCACACACCAAAGGUAAUUAGCCCCGCGACGCGACC